AACAAGUCAUGAUGAAUCUCGAAGGAAGAGCAAACACCAUGAUCGGUGUCUCCGCGGCGUAUCUUGCCGUCGCUUGGAUCGCUUUCUCACUACGGACUAUCGUCAAAGGAUAUAUCAUGCGAUCCUGGGCUUUGGACGACUGGCUCAUGGUAGUAACGAUGGUGUGUCUUGGAAACAAACAUGGUGCUCAGGAAACAUUUGGUCUUCUGAUCACUAUCGGACGGGGUCUGGAGGAUGUCCAGGUUGCAUCGAUAUACGUGACAGUGAGUAUCACCAUCUCUGACCAUGUAAAAUCCCCUAAGCUGACCUCAUUGGACAGUNACCAAGUUUUCCAGUUUGCCUUUUACACGCUUGCAAACGUCUUCCUCAAGGCAUCUCUCGCAAUCACUUUCAAUCGCAUUCUGCUUGAGAAAUGGCAACGUAGGACCGUACAGGUGACUGUUGGUAUAAACACUGCGUUCGGUCUGGCAACCUUCUUCACCAUUCUUUUCCGCUGUGGUAACCCUAUGGACUUUUACGCUCGAUACCACCAACGCAUGUGUAUGAGCUGGGAGGCCACGCAAAGCAUGCAAUACACCAACAGUGUUAUCAACACAACAGCAGAUUGGAUACUCGCUCUGCUUCCCAUCUUUGCCCUUCGCUCCAUGAAGAUGAACCACCAAGCCAAGAUCUCUGCAGGCUUUAUCCUGGUACUUGGCUGUGUAAGCAGUAUCAUGUCCAUGCCUCGCUUUGGCUUCCUCCACGCACUCGGCGGCAUGGGAAACCAAUACUGGAAUAUGGCAUACCCCGUGGCUGUUCUCGGUGUCGCUGAAGUGGGUACUGGAGUCACCGCCGCUUGUCUCCUUACCUUGCGUCCUCUGAUCAGGAACUGGCGCGAGCGUAGCGAGCAUCACCACUCUUCGAACAGAAACAGCCAUAGAUUGAGCGACAUGGAAGAGGCUGAGGUGGGAGAAGCACGAGCAAUAAGCCUGAAGUCUGUGUCUGCGACUUCUGUUGCAGACUCCAGUCAAGAUUCAAUGCACAAAGUCAAGCCCAUGCCUGCUAUGGUUGUCAUUGGAACCGCCGAAGUCGAGCCCACGUCUCAACUCUCAGUCACAGAAACAGCACAGCUUCGCAGACGCUCAUCCUGCAAACCCACGGAUGAAUUGGCAGUCCACGAAAACAGAGUGUCGAUCGACGAGCCCAUCUCGGAACAGUCUGAUGAAGAUCAGCCCCAAAGGCCAGAUCUCGCCCAUCGCAUGACCCAAGACUCGGAUGUAAGGCCCUGGAAGCAGCCUACCAUCGACACAUCAAAAACAACAAAGGAGAAGAAGAGAUUGACAUGGAAUGAUAUCCAUGCGCAGUGGAACAGUGCACACUCAUCCAGAACAGCUUGUCAUGGUCCCACGCCACAGAAAGAAGCAGAGAAGCCUAGAAGGAUCAGCAUCAAACGAGUUUCGAGAGUGUUGGCCGAGUGGAGCUGGGAUAAGGCA